AGCUGGAGUUCGGAGAGGCUGCUUCAGAACCUCCUCCUGGUACCAGAUGGCUCUGAAUACGCUGCUUCUGCUGUUCCUCAGCACGGCGAGCAGAGUUGUAGGAUUUGGAAUAGAUCCUGACUUGCAGAUCGACAUCAUCGCUGAACUGGACUUGGCAAACGCCACUUAUGGACUAAGACAGACCACAGGCCUACACAACAACAGCAAAGCUUUCAUUUUUCGAGAUGCACAGAGAGCCGUCCACGCUCCAUCACGGAUUACAGACAAAGUGCUGGAGAUGUUCAGGAGCAAAAGUGAGUUUACCUUCAUGGCCUCCAUCCAGCAGAAAGCGUCCACCUCUGGAGUCCUCUUCUCCAUCCAUGAGUCUGAGCACAGUUAUUUUGAGCUGGAGAGCAGCGGCCUUCGGGAGGAGAUCCGCUACCAUUACCGCCACAACGGAAAACCGCGCUCGGAGACCUUCCCUUACAGACUGGCCGAUGGUCAGUGGCAUAAAAUUGCCCUGACCGUCAGCGCCUCUCACCUGCUGCUCCACGUGGACUGUAACAGGAUAUACGAGAGAGUGAUAGACCCUCCACAGAUGGACUUGACGGCAGGCAGUGGGAUCUGGCUCGGUCAGCACAGUCACAGACAUGGACUCUUCAAGGGCACCAUGCAAGAUGUCAAAUUUGUUUUCGCUCCAAAUGGUUACAUCAUGCAGUGUCCCAACCUCAAUCGCACUUGCCCAACUUGCAGCGACUUCCUCAGCCUCGUACAGGGCAUCAUGGACCUGCAGGAGCUUUUGGCCAAGAUGACGUUGAAGUUGAACUAUGCAGAGUCCAGGCUGAGUCAGUUGGAGGGCUGUCACUGUGAGCGGACCUGCAGCGUGAACAAUGUGGUUUAUCGGGACAAAGAGCUUUGGACUGAACCAGAAAACUGCAGGACCUGCUCUUGCAUGAACGGUGUUGUGGAGUGCCGGAGAAUAUUCUGUCCUCCUGCCAACUGUUCAGAGGAUUCUCUCGCUGUACAUGUGGAGGGGACGUGCUGCAAGAAGUGCCGACCUAAAUGCACAGACAUGGACCGGACUCUGUCAGAAGGACAGCGUGUUUUGCUUCAGGGCUGCAAAGAGUGCAAGAACGGUCUGAUGCUUCCAGUGACAGAAAGCUGCCCAAUUCUCAACUGCACAGUGAAAGAGCAGAUUCUCCCGGAGAACAGGUGUUGCAACGUCUGCAGAGGUCAUGAUUUCUGCGCAGAGGGAAUGCUCUGUGGAGAAAACUCUGUUUGCAAAAACCGGAAUAACAAAGCAGAGUGCGAGUGCAAGAGCGGCUACGCUUCGAUCCACGGGGACUCCACUUACUGCGAAGAUAUAGACGAGUGUUCCACUCAGAUGCAUUACUGUCAGGCCAACACGGCGUGCGUGAACCUGCCGGGUGGGCAUCGCUGUGACUGCCUGCCCGGAUUCACCAGGGUGGACGACUUCUCCUGCACAGAGCGUGAUGAGUGCACCGGUGGACAGAGUCUGUGUGAUGAAAACGCCAUCUGCACCAACACCGUCCAUGGCCACCUGUGCACCUGUAAGCCGGGCUACGUGGGAAACGGCACCAUCUGCAGAGCGUUCUGUGAGGAAGGCUGUCGCAGCGGAGGAACAUGCGUGUCCCCCAAUACUUGUGUGUGUCCGUCAGGCUUUACGGGACACCUCUGUGAGACAGACAUUGAUGAGUGCGCUGAAGGUUUGAUUCAGUGCCAUAACGGCUCACGCUGCGUGAACCUGCCCGGCUGGUACCACUGCCAGUGUCGCAGCGGUUUCCACGACAACGGAUCUUACCUGCUGGAUGGGAGCUCAUGUGUGGAUGUAGACGAGUGUGCGACACAGACACAUACGUGCUGGAACGACUCGGUGUGCGUGAACCUGCCGGGAGCAUUCGACUGCGUGUGUAUCGCCGGCCCAGAAUGCACUGGCGACUGUGUUCAAGACGACGGGCUGAAACACAACGGGCAGGAGUGGAGCCUCAGCCAGGACUCCUGCUCUGUGUGCACCUGCAAGGACGGGCGGGUGUUCUGCAGGCGGAGAGAGUGCGACUGUGAUGACCCGGCGGUGGAUUUGUUCUGCUGUCCAGAGUGUGACACGCGUCAAAGCAGCCAGUGCUUACACCAGAGUGGACACACACUGUACCGCAGCGGAGACUCAUGGGUUUACAACUGCCAGCAGUGCAGAUGCCUGGAGGGUGAAGUGGACUGCUGGCCGUUGUCCUGUCCGGUGUUGCCGUGUGAGUACACUGCUGUGUUGGACGGAGAGUGCUGCCCUCGCUGCGUUUCUGACCCCUGCCUGGCUGAUAACUUUGCCUUCGACAUCAGGCAGACAUGCCGCGACCCGAUGGGCAUCACCCGGCUGAGCGGAGCAGUCUGGACCACGCCCACUGCCCCCUGCACCACCUGCACGUGCAAGAACGGCAGCAUCUGCUGCUCAGUGGAGCUGGACUGCCUCCAGAACAACUAGCCAGCGUAUAUUCCUUUUCUUUGGCCCGCUUCGUACCUCCUGGACUCCACGGAUCAUCAGAAGCCUCGGGAGUUUUUUUGUUUUUUUUCUGUUUUUUCCUCUUUCCAGACCCACUGUUACCGCCAGUUCCCUCUUUAUCCAGAAUGAUUUUUGUUUUCUUUUGUUUUUUUUUUUUAACCCCCAUUUUGCACCAUUUCUGUUGAAGCAGAUGGGAGCAGACUGUUGCCAAAGGCUUCGCAGGAGGAGAGGCAGUGGCCUUUGAACUAAAACACUAAGACUGAAGAGAAAUCUUAUUAUACCAGGAGUCCCACGGGCAUCCAGCCACUCUCCACUUGUGCGUGUGUGUGUGUGUGUGUAUGUACGUGUGUGUGUGUGUGUGUGUGUCCUAAAAUCAGGAACAAAAAGUCUCUGGACAAACCGAGCAACACUGGUGGACUGUGAACUGUCCGAGAUUUGUACAGUAGCCAUCGUCCUGUCCGAAACAAAACAUUUUUCACGUCGUCGUUUGGUGGAGUAAUGAUGUGCUGGAUCAUUUCUGGGCAACGCGACACGCUUACUCUCUCACGCUUUUCUAAAGUUGCUGCACUUUCACAUGUUAAGGGCCACAACAUGAUGGUUUAACCUUUAGAAAUCCAGAGUUGUUAUUGUUUUGUUAUAUAUUAGAUUAUGUAACGGCAUAAUAACAGCUUCAUGUGUUUGACUUUCCAAAUAAGCAACACACCUAGGCUCAGUCCCAUUUCUUAUAUUUUACCCCUACCGCUCGUUUUCGGUUCUCACCUUGUCCCUUGGAGGGUUGAAAUCUUCCCUCCGAAAUGGGACCUUAAAUAAAACGAGCGUUGCUUCAUUAACAGCUACUAGCGACCCUGCCAGUCUGCAGUGACAGCAGAGGAGGGUAAACUUAUUACUACCCGUCCCUAAAUCUUCAGUAUAUGAAGCUGAGGUCAGCUAUUCAGCUUCUUGUUUGAAUUGUCCCGUUCCACCUUAAAUUGUGUAGCAGUUCUGAGUUGCCAGAAUAUAACUGCUGCACCAUUUAAGGUGGAACGGGAAAUUUAGCUAGCUACCCGAGACAUCAGCACUACUAGUGAUUUUUUUUUUAUGCUUGUUAUGAAGAAAAGGACCAUAAUGCAUUGAAAUGAUAUUAAGCUAAGAUCAUAAAAUGUAUGUAUCCUAAAUUUUAGCUGAUUGGUCUCUUGUGCAGUCAUCUUUUUUUCUCAGAACGCUCUAUUUGGAGUGAGCCUCUGAUCCCGUAGCUCUAACACUUUGCCCUACCCCUCUGUAUCAACAAGAAUCACACAAAAUGUAGGGGUAGGGCUGAGCGGUGGGGGCAAGAGGUGGAAUGAGACUGGGCCGUAGACUCAUAGAUCAUUCGCUUAUUUAGUUUCUAGUCAAAAAAAGCAGAAAGCAUUUUUAACUCUCACACUGAAGCCUCACCAACUAAAUCUAAAGCUCCUCAGAGAACCUGCAGACACGCUUCCACAGUUCAGUCUCAGAAGCUGGUAGAUGAAUUUCUGAAGUAAUCAAACCCGUUCAGUGGUGCUGAGGUCUGGACUCUGGGGUGGUCAGUCCAC